ACUUGUCGUUUUUAUUGUUCGAAGGUUUGAAGGAUUACCUGUUCACAUAUCAGUCUCGUCUUUAGCGAGUGGAUAGAUUCAUUUACCAGUAUUACAUAUUAAAUACUAAUGUACAUUCUAUUAUCUUAUAUCUUUUGUGGCCUUGUCCAAAUUUCACUGGGAAGUAGGAGCAAUGAAGCCACACACUAUCAUAAGAUACUGAAAUCUUUAAACAAUGCCACCGAAUUUAACGUUAAAGCAUUGGACUUGCUUCUAGAGAAGUUAAAUCUCGAACAUUGCAAAUCUCAUCACAAUGGAGGAAAACCAUGUUCACAGAAAUGUGGCCCUCCAGAGCAUAUAUUCCUGACACAUGGAUUCGGCAACAACCUUACUAUAACUGAAUUUGGUGUAUUGUCAACAACCUUACUCUACUAUUUGCUGCCUGAAAAGAAUGCUGGGUUGACUAUUUUUGAAAACGGAGAUGACGCGCACGUAUCAACGUACGACCGCCUUUUGAAAUACUACAAAACGACUGGGAAUAUAUGCGUCCGCUUUUUAAACCGAAUUUUACGAGAUGUCAAGGAAAGAGUCAGAAAAAGCCAGGCUAUACAAAAGCCAUGUUUUUCUGCUGAAGGUAUAUUCAGAGAAAUUAAUGUAUCACCUAAGACCAGUGAAAUUGACAAAACUCAAUUUUCAAACAUGAGCAUUGUGAUUAUAUCAUAUCUAUCGAAUGGACAUUGUCUUGAGGUUAAUAAUGAAGAAGAUCUUCCAUGUAAAUCAUAUUUUACCUCUGAUAUUCUCCAACAUUUUGGUGGAGAAGCAAACAAAAUAUCAUUUGAAGGAUUCAAGGAAAUAUUGGAGACAAUUGGUGUUGGUAAUGUAACUGACCAUCAUAGCAAUGAGGAAAAUGAUCAUGACCAUGACCAUGAUCAUGACCGGGACCAUGACAGUGACCAUGACAGUGACAAAGACCAUGAUCAUGACGAGGACCAUGAUGGUGACAGUGACCAUGACCAUGAUCAUGACCGAGACCAGGACCAUGAUGGUGAUCAUGACCAUGAUCAUGAUAGUGACCAUGAUCAUGGUGAAAUGCAUAGACGAAGAAAGCAAGAUGACUUGCAUCAUGUCAUUCAUGUCCCAUUCAAAACAAAGCAGUGCUAUUCAGCAGAUGAUUUGGCAACAAUUUUUGCAGUCAAUAAAAGUGAUGGUGUGGAUAGAAUUAAAUUCAUGGAGUUAUGUCCGGCAAUGAUUCAGCAGCUUCAGUCAGGGAUCUGUAAGCAUGAACGAGAAAAAAAACAUUCAACUCAUGACUUGACUCAUGAUAAAAUGGUUUGGCUUUAUGGAUUUUUGUCAGUGUUUGUUAUCAGUUUGCUAUCGCUUUCUGGCGUUGCCGUUAUCCCUUCAAUGGCUGGACAGACGUACAAGAAGAUUAUCAUUGUUUUAAUAGGGUUAGCUGUGGGAACCCUUACUGGAGAUGCAUUAUUUCAUCUUAUACCACAUGCAGGUGGUUUUCACGCUAGUGGUCAUGGUGAUCAUGGAUCAAAACAUGACGAACAUGGUUCAGAAGAAGAGCAUGAUAAGACGAUAAUAUGGAGAUUCUUGGUCGUCGCGUUUGGUGUUUAUGGCUUUUUUGUGUUUGAGACAUGCUCUCAUCUGUUUUUACAAUCUACUGGAAAAGAACACUCUCAUUUAGAGCACUCACGAAAACACAGUCGAUUUGAAAGGAAUAAUACUUGUCGAGAUAGUAAACGUCUUGAAUUGCUACUGACAACCUCUCCCUAUCCUCAAAGUAAUACGGAUCACGAUAAAGAUCUAACAACAGUUGUUUUCAAUCAGGCAAAGGGAAAAGCUGAGGAACAUCGCUCAAAAGACGAUGAACGCGAAGAAGAGAAUACCUCCUCCGCCGCUUUGUUGAAACAUUCAUUUGAAUCUACAAAGAAAUCAAUUAAGUCUUUUGGAAAGAUGAUUCUUAUUGGAGAUACAUUACAUAACAUAACAGAUGGCAUUGCUAUUGGAGCUGCCUUCACUCAAGAUAUUGCUGGAGGAUUGAGUACUACUAUAGCUGUGUUUUGUCAUGAACUACCACAUGAACUAGGUGAUUUUGCUGCGUUGUUAUCAUCAGGAAUGUCUGCAAAACAAGCCCUAUUGGCCAACUUUUUAUCCGCUUGCUCAAGUUUUAUUGGCCUUAUCAUUGGUAUUUUGAUUGGUCAGAAAACCAGUGAGGGAAAUCAGUGGAUAUUUGCUAUAAUGGGCGGGAUGUUUUUAUACAUUGCUUUGGUCGACAUGUUGCCGGAGUUGAUGCACAGCGAUGAACUUGGUGGUAUGAGCAAACUGCGAAUCUUUCUUUUGCAGAAUACAGGGAUUUUAUUUGGAUUUACCAUCAUGUUUUUGAUUGCAUAUUUUGAAGAAGGUCUUGUCAUAUCUUAAAUAUGGGAGAAUUCCAUAAAAAUCAACGAAGAUAGAAUGAAAAUUUUGAAAGUUAGUUAGAGAGGACCGGAGGAGGGGAACUCCUCAUUCAAUGCAAAUCAAUUUUCUAAAGAAAUUAAUGAUAGUAUUGAUGAGAAAAUGCUUUUGUAGCUAAGAGCAAAGGUUCGGGCCGGCCUUGGCACUAGUUGAUGGUGUUAAUAUUUUAGUUGAGAUGUAUUCUAAUGUUUUGUUACUAGGGCCCAGGGUUGCUCGGUCGCUCUUUGGACCUAAUUGUUGUGUAGCAGUUGAUAUUUCACUCAAUAGAUGUAAUUUAAUUAUAAUAAAUGACAUAAUAAGCUAA